AUCCGCUGGCUGUCAAACAAGAUUUCUCCACGUAACGCGAGCGUGCAAUUUUUAUCAAAAUCUAAAAAAUCGGCGUUAUUUUAUCAACGUGUUGCCGGCAAUGAUCAUACAGUAAUUGAAUUGGGAGUUUCGCUACUCUUUUUACAUCGGAGAACUCCGUAAUACUGCCAGGAUGAAGACCUUAGGUCCUCUGCUGAUUGGCUUUUUGGCCAUCAGCGGUAGCUUUGGUGUCGAUAGAAACAAUUUCAAAACUUGUGAACAGUCAGGAUUUUGUAAACGCCUCAGGGCUUUCAAGCCUGAAAAAUCUCACUACGUUGUUGAUUUCGAUAAUAUUAUGAUCCAUGACAACCUUCUGUUCGCGGACGUGAAUUCUAUCGACCUGGAAUCGGAGUCAAAGACAGUUUUGUUCCGGUAUGUGCUUAAGAUAUCGGCUCUGGUGGACAGCACGUUCCGAGUGGAGAUGGAAGAGGUCAACCCGUUGUACCCUCGCUUCUCCACCAUGCUUGCGUUGAAGGACACUCCGUUGGCUGACAAGUUAGACCAAGUCUCAAAGAAGGACGGGCAGCUCAUCGUGGCCAACUCCAAAGGCCACAAGGUGGUGAUAACAGCCAGCCCUCUGAAGAUUGAGUUCCUGGACAAGGAGGGAGAGGUCGCUGUGGUUCUGAACGAGAACUCACAGCUGUUGGUUGAACCGUUGAUUGAGAAAAAACAGAAGAAUGAAGAAAACGGCGAAGUUGUUCAAGUGGAAGAAGAAGGCAUGUGGGGCGAGAACUUCAAGUCGCACCACGACAGCAAGCCGCGUGGUAAUGAAGCCAUCUCGCUCGACUUCUCGUUCCCUGACGCUGACCAGGUCUAUGGUAUCCCCGAGCACACCGACGGCCUGGCCCUAUCCACCACCACGGGUGGGGAGCCCUACCGACUCUACAACCUCGACGUGUUCGAAUACGAAUUGAACAGCCGCAUGGCCAUCUACGGCUCCGUGCCGGUGCUCUACGCACACGGAACGAAGCGAACUGUUGGCGUUUUCUGGCACAACUCAGCCGAGACGUGGGUGGACAUCGUGAACUACGCCGACGAGACCGUCGUGUCUUCGCUCGUCAACCUCGUCACUGGUGGACAUAAGCGCCGCGUCUCCUCUAGGUGAGUGUGCCACUUUGGU